AUGGCUGGCCAGGUCCUCCAAGAGGCGAACCCGCCGCCUCUUCCCUCUCACCUCCCCGACAACAUCCUCGACCUCAUCGUCAAGAGGGAUAAGAAGCCUUUGGACGAAAAAGAUGCAAAGUCUCUGCGCGACUUCCAGAAUGCUGCCUGCUAUAUUGCUGCUGCGAUGAUCUUUCUGCGCGACAACGUGCUCUUGGAGUCAGAAUUGAAGUUCGAGCAUAUCAAGCCCCGGCUGCUGGGUCACUGGGGUACCUGUCCCGGUCUCAUUCUGGUAUGGUCCCACCUUAACCGACUUAUUCGCAACCAUGAUAUGGACAUGAUUUAUGUCAUUGGCCCGGGCCAUGGCGCCCCCGCGGCUCUGGCGGCCCUGUGGCUUGAAGGCUCUCUCGAGAGGUUCUACCCUGGCGAGUACGAUGUCAGCAAGCAGGGCCUGCACAACCUCAUCACGAGGUUCUCCGUCCCCGGAGGCUUCCCGAGUCACAUAAACUCCGAGACACCUGGCUCGAUCCACGAAGGCGGUGAGCUUGGCUACGCCCUGUCCGUGUCGUUUGGCGCCGUCAUGGACAACCCAGAUCUCAUCGUGACCUGCGUUGUCGGUGACGGUGAGGCUGAGAGCGGUCCUACUGCUGGUGCAUGGCAUGCCAUCAAGUACCUCGACCCCAAGGAGUCGGGCGCUGUGAUUCCCAUUCUCCACAUCAACGGCUUCAAGAUUAGCGAGCGCACCAUCUUUGGAUGUAUGGAUGACAAGGAGAUUACCGCCCUGUUCUCCGGCUACGGGUACCAGGUGUGCAUUGUCGAGGACCUUGAAGACAUCAACACCGACCUCUCCAGCGCCCUGGAAUGGGCGGUGGCCGAGGUCAAGAAGAUCCAAAAGGCUGCCCGCUCCGGUGAGGCCAUUGCCAAGCCGCGAUGGCCGAUGAUUGCUCUGCGCACUCCCAAGGGAUGGACUGGACCAAAAGAGGUGGAUGGAGUCAUUGUUGAAGGCUCCUAUAAGUCCCAUCAGGUUCCCUUGGCUAAGGCCGGCUCCGACGAGGUUCAUCUCGGAAAGCUGCGUGACUGGCUGUCGAGCUACGACAUUGAAAACCUCCUUUCGGAAGGCAAGCCGACCGAGAGCGUUCUCGGAGCGAUCCCCAAGAACGCCGCCAAGAAGCUCGGCCAGCUCAAAGCCACCUACGACCCGUACAUCGGCCUCAAACUCCCCGACUGGAAGCCGCUUGCAGUUAACCCCGGUGAGCAGGACAGCUGCAUGAAGGUGACGGGAAAGCUUCUGGAUAAGGUGAUGCAGGAGAAUCCGCACAGCUUCCGCAUGUUCUCGCCCGACGAGCUGGAAAGCAACAAGCUCGACGCCGUGCUGGAUCACACCGGCCGCAACUUCCAGUGGGACCAGUACUCGCGCAACCAAGGCGGCAGGGUUAUUGAGAUCCUCUCGGAGCACUGCUGCCAGGGCUUCAUGCAGGGAUACACUCUCACGGGCCGCGUCGGCCUGUUCCCCAGCUACGAGUCUUUCUUGGGCAUCGUCCACACGAUGAUGGUGCAGUAUGCCAAGUUCAACAAGAUUGCCAAGCAGGUCAAGUGGCGCGGAGACCUGGCAUCCAUCAACUACAUUGAGACCAGCACGUGGACUCGUCAGGAGCACAAUGGAUUCUCACACCAGAACCCCUCCUUCAUCGGAGCAGUUCUCAACCUCAAGGCCCAGGCCGCACGAGUCUACCUCCCGCCUGACGCCAACUGCUUCCUAAGCACCGUCCACCACUGCCUCAAGUCCAAGAACUACGUCAACCUCGUCAUCGGGUCCAAGCAGCCCACAGCGAACUACCUAGACGCAGACGCCGCCGAAGAGCACUGCCGCCUCGGUGCGGGCACGUGGCCCUUCGCAUCCACCGACGGCGGCGCGGACCCAGACGUGGUGAUUGUGGGACUUGGCGUGGAGCUCACCUUCGAGGUCGUCAAAGCCGCGGAGCUGCUGCGCACCCUGGUGCCGGAGCUUCGCGUGCGCGUCGUCAACGUCACGGACCUCAUGGUUCUCAAGGCAGAGGCCAAGCACCCGCAUGCGCUGUCGACCAAGGCGUUCGAGGAGAUCUUCACCGCGGACCGGGCCGUAUGCUUCAACUACCACGGCUACCCGACCGAGCUGCAGGGCCUGUUGUUUGGACGGCCCAACUUGGACAGGAUGACGGUCGAUGGGUACCGCGAGGAGGGUAGCACAACGACGCCGUUUGACAUGAUGCUUCUCAACGGCGUGAGCCGAUACGACGUCGCGCUCCGGGCGUUGAAAGGAGGCGCCAAGGUGAAUGAGAAGGUCAAGGCCAGCCUUGAUGACAAGAUCAAGGAGGUUGAAACCAAGGUGAAGGAGAUUCGGGAAUUCAUCAUGGAGCACGGCAAAGACCCCGAUGACAUUUACGACACUGCCAAGUUUUAA